CAUUAUUCUGCCGGACCACUCACUCUCCGAUAUAGUAUGGUAUUGUUCUUGCCCAAUCGGUUUUUGAAUCAUACAUUACAUAAAACUCAGUUUACUGGCUAUUUGUUAGAAACGUCGAAGAUUGUACCAAACCAAAAUACCGAAGGCGAAAAUUCAAUAACUGGAUACAGUCGCUGGUUAACGAUGGCCUCCUGUAUAUCAUUCGAUCGAUUUUGCGGUCUUUUUGAUAGGUCUGAUCGAAUUGUAUCCAUCAUGAACACCUCCGUAAUAGUGUUUAUAAUCAUUGUCUCUUUGAUCUGUUCUGUCAUUCAGUCCUACAAAUUUCAUGUCGACAGACAUUGGCAUUUCGCUGUAGAUUUCAUCUGGUCACAUUCGUUUCUUACCGAUCAAGGUUAUUACGCAUUUCGUAAUUCCGUUUACGGCUCAUGGUUCAUCCGGGCACUUUCUGAAGUCUUGCUUCGCUACGGCUCCAUCUCGGAUUUGCUGAGUAUAAUGACUCGUGUUAACCAUUCGGUAGCUUACGAAUACGAGUCGUUGGCUGCCAGUGCCAUCCCUCUCCCUUUCCACAUGUCUCAUUCGAUGCCUUAA